AUGUUCAAUGUUGUCUUUGAUUUCUUCAGUUCCUUUUCCGGUUCCUAUUCUCUCUGGCUUGCAAGACUGGUUCGGCGCCGGCAGCAAUCAACGAUUCGAAAAGGAAGGAUUUUCUUAUUCUCUUCUCUUUGCUUUGAUCUAGGUGCAGGGCUUCGCCGGAAAAAUGCAUUGCUGGUUAUUGCCCAUCCUGAUGAUGAGUCUAUGUUUUUUACUCCAACAAUUAAUUACCUUACUUCCGGGGGCCAUAAUCUACACAUUGUGUGCAUCUCAACUGGUAAUGCAGAUGGCAUGGGAAACAUCAGGAAAGAAGAGCUCUAUCAGGUUUCUGCAGUCCUCAAGGUUCCACUCCAACAAGUGAAGAUCCUAGACCGUCCAGAUUUGCAGGAUGGUUUUGGCAAAGUAUGGAGGUGUGAUUUAUUGGCAAGAAUAAUUGAAGAGGAAAUUCUUAGUCAUGCCAUCGAUUUGAUUAUUACUUUUGAUAACUAUGGUGUUUCUGGUCAUUGUAACCAUCGUGACGUCAAUCAAGGGAUACGUACUCUUUUAGGACUAAAUGAAGGACUUGGGUGUUUGUUUGAGCUGGGAGGAAAUGACUUUGAGAUAUAUGACUCAGAGAGAACAGUGGGUCACACAGGUCAGCUUUAUAUUUCAGCUUCUUAUUGCAUUAUUAAAUACCAUGGAUUUUUCUAUUUCCAUGGCAUCUAGAGAACCAAAUGCAUCAUUAGUAUAGUGUCAUUGCAAAGAAAGCUCCAAUCAGACUUGGAUGAUUGCAAAACAGAAUGGAUCUAUUUUCGAAAAUAAAUAUAAUUGGUGAUAUUCUCAUACAAUACUGUAAAUGAUGUUUUUACAUAAAACAGAG